AUGGGCGACACAUGCACUCGAGGGUGCCGAUUCUGCAGUGUGAAGACGAACAGGAAGCCAGGGCCGCUGGAUCCUCAUGAGCCGGAGCAUGUGUCUGAGGCGCUUUCGCGGUGGGGCCUAGGAUAUGUCGUUCUUACGAGUGUGGAUCGAGACGAUCUCGCUGACGGUGGUGCGGCGCAUUUCGCAGAGACAAUCAUGAAGAUCAAACAGAAGAAGCCGACUCUGCUCGUUGAAGCGCUGACGGGUGAUUUUAUGGGCGAUCUGAACAUGGUCAAGAUAGUAGCAGAGUCUGGCCUUGACGUAUACGCUCACAAUGUUGAGACCGUAGAGGGCCUUACUCCGUAUGUACGAGACAGAAGGGCAACAUUCCGACAGAGUCUGAAAGUUCUCGAAGAGGUGAAGAGACUGAAGGGCGAUGAUAUCAUCACCAAGACUAGCAUCAUGCUUGGCCUAGGCGAAACGGAGGAGGAACUUUGGGAUGCAUUGAGGGAAUUGAGGAAGGUUAAUGUUGAUGUCGUGACUUUUGGACAAUACAUGCGUCCCACGAAGCGACACCUCAAGGUCGAGAAAUAUGUCACCCCUGACGAAUUUGAGCUUUGGCGCCAGAGAGCUCUAGAUAUGGGCUUCCUCUAUUGUGCAAGCGGCCCAUUGGUUCGGUCCUCUUACAAGGCUGGAGAGGCCUUUAUUGAGAAUGUUCUAAGGAAGAGAGCUGGGGAGAAAGCAAUGGCGGGUGCGGCUCUUGAGAAGACAGUCGUACUUAGCGAAGAUAAGACAGGCACAGUCUAA